CUGGCAAACUUCAUUGCCCCAUUGACAUUGGGGUUCGAGUAGCAGUAUGAGGAACGUUCUGAUAUUAAGUAUUUUAUUUGCGUUUUACCCACGCAGACCUGGGACCUUGCCGUCGGGUGUUUCCUGUACACACGGAUAUCUGCAAAUGGCCUACCCAAAUGUACCUCAACAUGUACACGCAGGACCUAGGACAGACCUGCUCCUGGGUCAACCGGUACCUCAACUAUACAAAUGACGGGCAAAUUCUCUUUGCUGAACAAUACCGGCGCCUUGUGAAUGGGAAACCGGUAAACACUGUGGUGAAUGGCCAAUACGUAGACAAGGGACAUUACAAAUACUCUGGUCUGAGGGACGGGAAGAUCAUAGUUCUGCACGCGUACUUCUUGUGGUUUGAUCCGCCAAACAUUGACAUCCACUACGUCUGUACAGAUGAUCCUAACUAUAGUAAUGGGAAAGGCACUGGCAGUAUUUUUAUUGAGAGCAUGUACCCUGAUGGGCCAGAGAAAGAUCAAGCAACAAUCAACAGAGUGCUGAGACUAAAUGGCUUUGACCCGAGGGAACUCAUUAGAAUAAAUAAUAACUGUAACUGUUCCAACAUCCCAGAUCAUUUUGGACCAGGUAAAUGCCCAAACAUAAAUACAAAAGGGUCUUAUUUUAACUAAA